AUUCAUGUCUCCAAUUCUCAGUGAAAUCUUCAUUACUGGGUGCAUGAUAAAUUCUACCUUCAGGCGCAGGACCCAUUUAGUUCAAUCAUUCUCAGUUGUUUUCCUUUACUGGUUGUAUUACGUUUCAUGAUUUUUGCUCAAAACCUGAUCUAAUAUAAUAUACAUAAAUAUAAAGCUAGUAAUAUUACUACUACUAUUAUCUGCAUUACUUUUGAGUUUGUUGCUAUUUGGGUCUUGCCAUAACUCUCUGUUUGUUGCCGUUGUUGUUUACAAGUUGCAAACCUGUUUUGUGGGUCUCUCAUGGCUUCCUCUAGUGGAACAUCUUCAGGAUCAUCUUUGAUUCAAAACUCAGGUUCGGAGGAGGAUUUGCAGGCAUUGAUGGAUCAGAGGAAGAGAAAGAGAAUGAUAUCAAAUCGCGAAUCGGCGAGGAGGUCUAGAAUGAGAAAACAGAAGCAUUUGGAUGAUCUAAUGGCUCAAGUGUCUCAAUUGAGCAAGGAGAAUCACCAGAUUAUUACAGGCAUCAAUAUCACAACUCAGCGUUACUUGAGUGUUGAGGCUGAUAACUCAAUCCUAAGAGUUCAAAUAAGCGAGCUCAGCAAUAGAUUGGAGUCUUUGAAUGAGAUAAUCGGUUCCUUGAAUUCAAACAAUGGUGUUUUUGGAGACUCGAGCACCUUCAAUGAACCAGCAGCUGACAGCUUCUUGAACCCAUGGAACAUGGCCUACCUGAAUCAGCCUAUAAUGGCGUCUGCAGAGAUGUUUCAUUACUGAUCUGUUCUCGAGCAGAAGAGAGAUAGAGAGAUCUGUUAGGAAUAAUCAAGCUUAAGAAAUUAUCACUCAAGAGCUGAUUAUAAUUUAAGUAGUUUGAAAUAAGGCAACAUAUGUAGAAGUAAAGGGGUGGGGAGUAGAUGGAUAUGUAAGAAAGAACAAAAGGGUUGUGGCUAGUUUGGUUCUUGGUCUGUAAAAGGGCUUGCGAGUUUUACAGUUUGAUGUAGUAGAAUUUCGCUAUUAUAGUAAAUGUAAUGGUAUUAUUUUUAACGAGUUC